AUGCUCGAUCAAAUGGCGAACGAGAUCAGGCUCCUAUCCGGGAGCGGGCACCCGGAGCUCAGUGCUCUGAUGGCGAGCCGACUCGGAAUCGAAGUCGCCAACACAACGAGCCUGCAAUAUUCGAACCAGGAGACAAGGGUCAUCAUCGGCGAGUCGGUUCGCGACGAGGAUGUCUUCAUUCUCCAGUCGACAGCCCCCGGCGAGGUCAACGACGGCCUCAUGGAGCUGUUCAUCAUGAUCAGCGCCUGCCGCAGCGCCUCGGCGCGCCGCAUCACCAUCAUCCUCCCCAACUUUCCCUACGGCCGCCAGGACAAGAAGGACAAGUCUCGCGCCCCGAUCAGCGCCAAGCUUAUGGCAAAGAUGCUCGAGGUGUCCGGCUGCAACCACGUCAUCACGAUGGACCUGCACGCCUCCCAGAUCCAGGGCUUCUUCAACGUCCCCGUUGACAACCUCUACGCCGAACCGUCCAUCCUCCACUGGAUCCGCAAGAACCUCGACGUCGAGAACACCGUCAUUGUCUCACCCGACGCCGGCGGCGCCAAGCGCGCCACCUCGAUCGCCGAUCGCCUGAACACGGCCUUUGCGCUCAUCCACAAGGAGAGGCCGCGCCCCAAUGUUGUUGGCCGCAUGGUGCUCGUCGGUGACGUCCAGGACAAGGUCGCCAUCAUUGUCGAUGACAUGGCCGACACGUGCGGAACUCUCGCGAAAGCCGCCGCUACCCUCAACGAGCACGGCGCUCGCCAGGUCUUCGCCAUUGUCACGCACGGCAUCCUCAGCGGUAACGCCAUUGAGACGAUCAACCAGUCCUGCCUCUCUGGCGUUGUUGUGACGAAUACUGUGCCCCUCGGUGACAAGGUCGAGCGAUGCCCCAAGCUCAAGGUCAUUGACGUGUCGGCAACGUUGGCCGAGGCCAUCCGCAGAACCCACAAUGGCGAGUCCGUCUCGUAUCUCUUCACCAACGCUCCCCUGUAA